AGUAGUUUUCUAUGAUCGCCGCCUAGAAGGUUCUGGAAGUGUCAGGAACCUCAACCAACCACCACACUCGACCAUAACAUUGUUGACAAAAUAUUAUCUACAAGCUGGGACUAGACACAUUUCACGGACAGUCACUGUCACCCCUAGAUCAGCAUAAUUACCGCAGCCAGAUUUUUACCGUCAUUUAAGACGGUAAAAAAAGACGGUAGACGCCUGUCCCUCUGGCCCCCAAGCUGGCCACCAUCACGCGCCUCACCUCCUGACACUGUCAUUAUCACGCCCAAAACAUAAUUUUCACGUCUCAUAUUAACCCAGACGAUGGGAGAAGAUGCCUUUAAUAUAGAAUGUAGCGAUGAAGAGGUCCAAAAAGAGUUUACCAAGUCUGUGUAUGGUAUUGAGCCUUGUCCUGCUGAAAUUGUCAGACUGUACGAGACCCUAGCAAACGAUGGCACUCUGCCCCUAACAUGGAAGUGGGAGCUAGGCAGACGCUCCCCAACACCCUCACAAAGUGACUCUGAAAGUGAAAAGGAGAAAGAAACCGAGAAAGUUGACACAUCAGGUUUUGAUUUUGAUGAUGAACCGGCAUCUGUGCGACUGACGCCCCGUCGAACGCCAGGCAGUGCAGGACCAAAGGGUAGUGCAAAGAAGAAGACUACAAAUUUUGAGAAUAUUCUAGCUAGUGUGAGAAGACAGAAAAAGCUUGAAUUACGAGAGAAGAGUAAAAGCAGAAGAGACAAAAAAUAAGUUUAUUUACAUCCUUUGAAGAAUAGAAUCAUGAAUGAUGAGUGUGUGCAUGUGGUUAUUAAUAAGUUUAAGCAAAACACUAAGGUUGAAAUUGAAGGCUGUGAAAAUGAGUAUUAGGGCAGUGUAAGCCCUUGAUGGGCCUUAUGACUGUUUCUCUUUGCAUUAUCUGUCCUUUAUGUAUGUUUACAUAAAGGACAUAGUUUUAUGUUCAAGAGAACAUAAAAAUAAACAUUUUAAUUAAAAUUCACAGGCAUGUUUCUGUACAACUUGGUGAUAGAAAUAAUAUACUAUACCCUCUAGGUUUUACAAAAAAAGUGUAAGUUGGCAGAGUUUAUACGUAUGUUUGCUAUACAUGUGUAGCCCAACGUAGAAAAUAUUGGGUUAAAAUAUUUUUAAAUCUGAAGCAUACAUUAUCCUGAGAACCAGUCCUGUUAAUUAAUGACUUGAAGAAUUCAAAUUUUUAUCAAAAGGGGGAGGCCUUGAUUAUCAAUGGUAUGGAUAUCAAAUGGGUAGCAAAUGUUUGACUUGAAAGGCCAGGGGAGAUAUGUAUGAACAUUCAAUGGUUGGUAAAUAUUUAGAUGAAAAAUUUAGGAAACAUAUGUAUGAACCUCGAAAUCGGCAAUAAAUCUUUGACAUGUAAAGGGUUGGGUAGAGAAUGUGUGAACAUUGAAGGAGAAGAAUAUUGAAUGUCCCCAUGACAUAGUGGUAAGAUGCUCGCCUGGUGUUUCGCAAGCACUUUGCCCUGGGUUUGUAUCCUGGCCGGGGAAGAUUUACUGGGCGCAACUCUUUAACUGUAGCCUCUGUUUAACCCAACAAUAAAAUGAGUACCUGGUUGUUAAACGAUUUGGCGGGUCGUAUUCCGUUGAACAUAGGAUUAAGGACUUGCCUGAAACACUAUGCGUGCUAGUGGCUGUACAAGAAUGUAAGAACUUGUAUAUAUAUAAAUAAAAAAAAUAGAUACUGAGAGAAUAGGGAAAGGGUUUGAAAUUAUGCACAUAUUAAUAGGGGCAAUUGUCACUGAUAUUGUGAAUGGAUAAUUGUUUUCUGUGAAGGGUGGGGUUAUUAGUGGAACAAGAAUGUCAGAUGUCACUGUAUGAAUAUGGCAAGGUAUAAGUAGUUUGUACAGAUCUAUUUUAAUGAAAAGCCAUAGAAGAAGCCUUAAACUUUUAAAAUUUAGCUCUUGGCUUUGAAAUCCUUCUGAUGAUUCUCUCCCUUUGAUGCCUUAUUCCCUUUGAAAUGUAUUUUUGUAUGGUGAAGGAAGUGGAGUUACUUGUGGCUAUUAGACAAUAAAGACUUUAUCAUA